AUACCAUUAAAAAGCAAUUCAACAAUUUUUUUAUUCAAGCACUUGGAGUGUCUCCUUUAUGUGGCCCCAUAUGCCCUCGCAGAAGUGAUCAGUACUGAUUACUUGUGUGCAAUCAAAUGUUUUACAUAGCGAAGCAUAAACACUGGUGCAUGUGUGGCAAUCACCAUACUAGAAACCUGUGCUUCUUCAUGAGAAAUAUUCACUUCCGCUUUGAAUUGCAGUCUAGAAUGUCAUUUAAACAACCAAUGAGCCCAUGGCCAAGCUAGUAUGUUCAUCCAGGUUAAUCCUCUGUCUAUUUCAGUUAUUUCAGAGCUCCUCAUUGUCCCUUUUACCCCCUCACCCAUUGUUCACUAUAACAUUUAAAAAAUAAAAUAAAGAAUGUCCUUACCCUUUUCUCCUCUGGCACGUCUCACCUAUUCCCCUCCUGCAAUGUCAUAGAGGAGGCAUGGAACACUCACAAAUGUGAGAGCCCUUAAGAUCAACUCUAAUAUUUUUCAGCAGUCUCAGAUUGAUUCAGUGUGUAGGGCGUCAGAUGCCUGGUCUCAAAAAUAGUAUUUCUCUGUUUAGAAGAUCAGGAACCAGUUUGGUGUGUGUGUAUCAAAGUUUUUGGGUUUUUUUUGUUUGUUUUUAUUAUAUAGGUUUUAUUCUGCCCAUUUAUUGAUGUGAAGCAUUAUACUAAUUACGUGUAAGUAUUGAAUCAAUGCUUUACUAUGGGACUUACGCGUCACAUGACUGAGUAUGUAACACAUGUGCUUGUAUCUUUAUAUAUAAUAUAUUUAUCUAUCAGGUGGUUAAUAAAUGUCUUCAGAACUCAGAGAUGGUAUUUUGUUCCCAUAAUAGAUGUUUUGCAGUUAUGUGGCUUUUAUAUUACAUGGUAUUUUUAGAUUAAAGUUAUUCAUAAUGUAAUUCUUAAGGGGUUAUGGUUAGCAGUGGCGGGACUACCACGGUCGCAGGGGUCACAGCUGCGACCGGGCCCGUCACUGCUGGGGGCCCUGCGGCCUGUGGUGCCCGCCGGCUAGGUAACACGGCCCGACCCGCGCGUUAUAACUGAAGAGGUUCUAACAGCAUGGGCCACCCGAUGCUAUGUUUUUAUCAGGGGGCCCGUUCAGCGCUCUGCCGCUUUUACAGCGCAACCAGGCCCCCUGAGAAUACAUCAGAGCUGGGAGGAAGUGACAGCCCAGGUCACUUCCUCCCAGCUUACACAGAGCCCGUGCAGGAGGAGGAAGGAGAGGAGGGAGUCAGAGUGGGAACUCUGACUCCCAUCAGGCUUAGCCACUGGGACCCAGGGAAAGUCGCCCUCCUGCACCUAAAAGGCAGGAAACAGGAGGGUGACUAAAACAUUUUGUAUGUGUGUCUGUAUGAAUGGUUCUCUGUCUGUGUGUCUGUAUGUAUGUGUCUCUCUGUGUGUGUGUUUGUCUGUAUGUAUGUGUCUCUGUAUGUAUAUGUCUGUAUGUGUGUGACUCUGUAUAUGUAUGUGUGUGUCUGCAUGUGUAUCUGUUUGUUUGCAUGUGUGGGGGGGGGGACACAUAUGAGGGAGGGGUGCAGGACAAUUUUCGCACCGGGGCCCGUUUCUAGAUAUGCAAGUGAUGGUUAGUAUUAGGAUAUUGUAGGGCAAGCAUGUUAAACUUGCGGCCCACAAUGUACAUAUUUGUGGCCCACCUUCCCUGGAAGGAAGGGGGCCAGUGUUUUAAAUUGGAGGGGGGGGGGGCAGGAAGUGUAUUAAUUUGAGGGACGGGGGAGGGGCAGUGUAUUAACCUGGGGGAAGGAGAGGGGCAGUUUAUUAAAUUUGGGGAGGGAGGUGGGGCAGUGUGUUAAAUUGGGCAAGGGGGGCAGUGUAUUAAAUAGGGGGAGGGAGAGCAGUGUAUUAAAGAGUGCUGGGAGGAUGGUCAUUAUAGAAAAAGAGGGGGCAAUGUAUUGGAUUUGUGAGCAGUGUAUCAGAUUGCGGCUGCAAGGAGGCGCUAAACACUCCCCAUGGAGAUGCUGAAUAGCCGUGCAGCUUUUUGCUACACAAGCACAAUAGCCUCCUAAUGCUUUCAUAUGGCAUCAAGUUUGAUGAGCUCAGCCAAAGUGAAGAACACACUCAUUGGACUUCAGCAAGAUAAUGUUAUUUGUUUUUUACAGCCAUACAUUCACCAUUUCAGUCCCAUUAAAAAACCUUUCUUAAUAUGUCAAGGUACUUGGACUGAAACACUGGUUAUAUGCAAAUGCACGUCUCCUUAAAAUAAAUUCACUCUUUUGUUUACUUUGAAGCGCUACGAGUGUGAGGAUGUCCAGUGUCAGUUAUGCAACUUUUUUUAUACUGUACUUUUCUAUAUAAACCUAUGUUUCUAUGAAAACUUAAAGGACCACUAUAGGCACCCAGACCACUUCAGCUUAAUAAAGUGGUCUGGGUUCCACGUCCAGCUAGGGUUAACCCUUUUUUUUUUUUUAAAUAAACAUAGCAGUUUCAGAGAAACUACUACUUCCCCCUACUCCCCAAAAAAAAAUAAUAAUAAUAAUAAUAUACACUUGUAUACACACACACACUGAGACAGAUACACUCAUACACACAUACACAGACACACACAAAUAUACACUCAGACACACACACACUCACAGAAACAUACAAAUUAUAAAAAAAAAAAAAAAAUUCAAUUUAAAAAUGUUCACCCAGCCUCUCUACCUGAAGAGCUGGCGUGGACCUGUCCCAGUGGGGCUUCAGUGCGGCUGUCUCCCUGUCAGAAGCGGCGAGGGAGCUGUGUUCUUUCUUCUCUGCUCCCUCUCGCCACGCGGGCUGUCUACUGAUGCCGGGAGACGGAAUAUGACGUCGUAUUUCGGCUCCCGGCAUCAGCAAAUGGCGUGCGAGGGAGCAGAGCAGAGAGAACUCGGCUCCCUCGCCGAGUGUGACCGGGAGACAGGCGCCCGCCGGAGGGUAUACGGGGGCAACAUUUUUUGCCGCCUCCUGAGUGCCUGCACACGUUCCUGCAGGACUCGAGCCCUGUGUAUUAUAUAUUUUCUAUAUUUGUUCUCCAUAUUGGUUUCUAUAAAUGUUAAAUAUAAACAUGUGACUCAGAUGCCCCUUGUUGCAGCACACAUUGUUUGGUGUAGCUUGUUGGCUUUGGGAUGUGCUGUGAGCAAAAUCCUUUUGCAUCUCAACUCUGAGAUUAUCUUUUAAUGUAUGCAUUUGCAGGUGGUUUUCCAGUGCAUAAUAUUAAUGAAAUUUGUAAACCUUCUGUGAAAUUGAAGUGGCCAUCCAACUGUUUUGUGACAUACAGGUGCACUUUAAGAUUAAAAAAAAAUAAUAAUAAUUGUAGUCUGUGGCACUGUGUUUUGCAAUAAACUCUUUCUUUACCCACUCUCCCCCUUUUGUAUCACAUAGGCUAUGGAUUUAGAGGUCCCGGUGCUGGCAAGGGAUAUUCCUGGAAAUGCUGCAAUAAUCAAACAUGAAGAUAACGGACUUCUCUUUUCUACGCCCCAGGUAAUGUGAAAAUGAAAUUCUGUCUUCUGCAGUGUUACCUACCAGUGCUCUUGCAGUUGGAUGAAAGUGUAUUUCUUUCAUUUACAGAGAUGUUGCAUGACUAAAAUAUUAACCCUAACAACAUUGUAACCUUUUCUGUUAGUACUAGAAGAAUAAAAUAAAUAGUUUAUAUUGCUGAAAGUUACCCAUCUGUUUUCUGGAUUGUAAAGGUAUGCACUUUUAGUUAUUCACUAAACUAGGAAUUUGGUGGAAUUGGCCGUGUAAAUUAAUAUUUUACGACAAAAUGAAUAAGCUGGAAAAAUAGCAGAAUUGGGUAAUAAUUCCAUUAUAUUGGUCCAACGCUAACAUUCGCUGGGAAACCCCUUAACAUUCUCACUUGAAAAUAUAUAGUAAACUGACAGACAUGUUCAGUUGAUUGGAGAACUUUGAUUGCCACAUAAUAGCCCUGUUUUGCAAAGUGAUGAAAUGCAAGCAGUGACUGCAGUAAAGAAGCAACUGUUUCUCCAGAUUGGAAUAAUUUUUGGAGCCAUCUUUUUAGAAGAGAAUUUUUUUUUUAUAAGAAACACUAUUUAAAGUUGGUAUAAUUUUUGUAGGAAAAACUAUUUAGAGUUGGUAUAAUAUUAAACGUUCUGCUGCCUACAACAUCCUCCAGCAUGACCAGUUUGGCAGGGUCAGUAAUGGUGUGGGGUGGCAUUUCUUUGGGGGGCCGCACAUUAGGUAGCCUGAUUGCCAUUAGGUACCGAAAUGAGAUCCUCCGACCCCUUGUGAGACCAUAUGCUGGUGCGGUUGGCCCUGGGUUACUCCUAAUGCAAGACACCAUAUGUGGCUGCAGUGUGUCAGCAGUUCCUGCAAGACGAAGGCAUUGAUGCUAUGGACUCGCCCGCCCGCCCGUUAUAGAGUGCAAAGAGAAUAUAGUGGAUUUGUGCUCUUAAAGUAGCAGUGUUGCAAAUAUUAAAGUGACAGUAUUCAUGCAAUUUCACAGACAUGUUUUGUAUUAAUGGGGUUGGAAUUCACAGAGAGAAAGGAAUAUUAAUAUUAAAAUUAAAAAAUUAAGAUCUGGAUCAAAAACAAAAAUCCUAGCACUUUAUAAAAAAUUUAAAAUUGAAUUAAAAGAUUAAUUCAAUUUAUAGACCUAAAACAUGGAGAUGGUGGUCAUUUUAGGAAAUGGCAGAUUUCAAAGUCAUUGUUAAGGCCUUUUGGUACCAUCGUUUUUAGUUCAUAUAUCCAUUUCAUUUCUAUUUGGCCUAUUUUUUGGAUGAAAUCUCCCCCUCUCCAGUUGCUUUUUACUUUUUGAAUUCCUAUGAACUGUUCCUCCAGAUUUGCUUUGUCCUUGAAUCACUCCAAUUGUUCUUUAAUAAAUAUGCUGCCCCUGUUAGUGUUUAUGCAGACUUUUGAUACUCUACCGAUAGAAAGGUUUAUUUUAAACAAAUUGUCCUAUUCUCCUCCCUUCUUGUGAUAACCUUUAACCAUUUCUCCUAAGCAUGCUCCUGAAUCCCUUUUUUAUAUUAUACAUAAAUUGGUUUUGUCACCUCAAACUUGUUUUUCCUCCAACUGUUUCCUCUUCUCUUCUUUUUUCAGAAUCUGCUCUUUUUUUUUUCUUCCUCAUUUUUGAUAUAUUUCUUUUUAAAACAUAAGACAAAUGCUUGACAAAGGGUGGAGCUUAAGGCAAGUUCUUCUAUCUUGACAAAGGAAGUGGAAGUUGACUUAUGCCUUCUCAAGUUUGUCAAGUGUAUGAAAAAUCCAGAAGACAAAGUAGUCCCAGCUUUGUCUUAUGUUUUAAAAAGAAACCAAUCAGAAAUUAAGAAAAGAAGAACAUAUUCUGUAAAUUGAAGAGAAAAUUAAACAAUAGGAGAAAGGUAAGUUUGAGGUGUCAGAGCCACUUUAACGAUCUAUUAUUCUGUUUUCUUUUAUUAUUACCUGGCAGCUACCCUGUGUUUGGUGGGAUCCUACAAGGUUCAAACGUGAAUCUUGCUUUCCCUUGUUAAAGUGAUGGACAAGACAGUGCAACAAAGCAAAAAAUCCAGAAUAGAUCAUUAAAAGAGGGAUUGGAUCUCACAGGGGAAAAUGGCACCCAGCUGUUAUUUUAGCAGGGUAACAUUCUUCAGCUGUCAUUUUUGUUUAAUAAAUCUAGAUACAUUUUAAAUAGUUUAUGUGCAGCAUGUUUUCCUCCAAAACCAGCUCUCAUGUGUUGAGAGAACCAUUUCUCCAUUUUUUUUUUUUUUCUUCAUAGACCAUUUCUGUCAUUUUAAAAAUGUAUUUAUUUAUUUUUUACUCCUCAGGCAUCUUAAAAUGAAAAUGCAUUCUUUAUAACUACAUUAUUUGUUAUAGCAUUAUAUAUAUAUUUGUGAAUUUAUGAUUCAUUGUCAGGAUAUGUUGUAAUCUAAAUCAGGAAAAGAUUCUAAGACAAGAGCACUUGGAAGAGAAUGUUCUUUUAAAACCGGUUAGUCCCUGAGAAUGUUGAAAGGAUAUUGAUCUGGUGUCCAGGCCAAUAGAAAACUUUGAAAUCAAAUGCAAAAUUCUGUCCGUGGCAUGCACUGGAAUAAAAGCCAGCUAUAUAAAUGCCAUACAUUUUUUAAAGGGUUUAACUAUUUUUAAAGGUAAAAUUUAGGUUCAUUAGAAGAUUUCCUUUGCCUGUCUUCUUGAUACUUUACUUUAAUGACCUAUUUAAAGGGACCACUAUAGGCACCCAGACUACUUCAGCUCAAUGAAGUGGUCUGGGUGCCAGGUCCAGCUAGGUUUAACCCUUUUUGCUGUAAACAUAGCAGUUUCAGAGAAACUGCUAUGUUUACAUUAGGGUUAAUCCAGCCUCUAGUGGCUGUCUCAUUGACAGCUGCUAGAGGCGCUUCCGCACUUCUCACUGUGAUUUUCACAGUGAGAAGACGCCAGCAUUGAGAAUGCUUUCCUAUGGACUGGCUGAAUCCGCGCGCAGCUUUGUCGCGCAUGCGCAUUCAGCCAGGGACGUCAGAAGAGGGAGGAGAGUCCCAGCGCUGGAAAAAAGGUAAGGGAUUAACCCCUUCCUCACCCUUCAGCGCCACAAAAUUAGUUUGUUUUCCUGGCACUAUAGUGGUCUUUUAAGAUGUUGGUAAAUGUUCAAAAUAUUAUUUUAUUUUUAAAAUAAUUUGUAAAGGAAGACUGUACAAUCAGGGUGACAGACAUUCAAUUUUGCCCCAGUAAGUAUAGUUUCAAUUGAAAUUCAUAUUUGUCAAAUUCCUCAUGGGGGUAGGGGUGACAAAGCAGCAGUUGGACUCAGUAAUAAAACAGAUAACAUUAAUAUCAGACAUUUACAAUCAUGUAAGAGUUCUGCUGCCUUAUGGAAACAGGCUAAUUUUUUUUAUAGCUGUAUAUACAAAUCAUGUAUUUAAUUCUGGACACCAUAACUUUAGUUGAAAUGACUCUUUGUGGUAUGGGAAGAGCAUGAUGAAGUUAAAGCUUGGCACUGUCCUAAAAUGCUAGAAACGGUUUGAAACAUUCAAAGUGUUUAUCUGAAAUUGAGUCAUCGUAGGUUGGCCAAGUGUCUAUUUGAAUUUCUGUUAUGAGAAUAUGUAGUUGUUUGUGUCUAGCAGUAUUAUACAGAAUUCAGCUGAUGCCAGAGGACACAAAACCUGGGCACUCUUAUUUCCAGUUAUUCUAACAUUUCUUGCUAAAAGUAGACAGGUAAAGUGAUAAGUUGUGAAACCUAUUUCCGGACUAAACUAAAGGAAAUUGAUGAAGUUAAAUCCCACCGUUCAUCUUUGAGAUUAAAAUACUGCCUUGAAGAAUGGACCAAACAAUAGCAAGUCCAGAAAACUUUAAGACUUGCAGAUCAAAGCUGUCAACGUGAAUACUGAAAGGCUAGGUGUGGACUAUUCAUGAUUCCAAGAUAAACUACCAAAGACAUGUGUAAAGCUCCUCUGCAACCAAUAUCCAUAAAUACGCAGAGCUUCUCUAUAUAUUCAUGCUUUGCAGUUGGGUUCUUGUUUAGCUGCAGGGCAAAUAUUGCAAGUUAUAGAAAAUAUACCAAGUUCACAGUGCCAAUAGAAACCAACAUACAGAUAUCUAAAUAUAAAUCCAUGUACUCGAUGCUUUACAGAAUGCAACUAGACCAAACAUGUUGCGUGCAAAAGGAACUGCACUUGCCAUUUAUUUUUCUACUUCAAAUGGUUCUGACUUCCAAAAGCACCCAAGUUUUGUCUUUUGUCAAAACCUGUGUGCUUCCCAAAUGCUUUGACCAUGUGAUCUUUUAAUAAUUUAAUUGUAUAUAACUGGGGUAGGCAACCUUCGGCACUCCAGAUGUUGUGGACUAUAUCUCCCAAAUGCUCUUACACCCAUAAUCCUGGCAAGGGAUUAUGGGAGAUUUAGUCCAAAACAUCUAGUGUGCCGAAUGGUUGCUUAACCCUGGUAUAUAAAAUACCAUGCUAAAAAGUAAAACAAGGCUUAUGUGUCAUGUACAGCAAGUCAUAUUAAGGGUUUAUGUUCAGUGGUCUAAAGUCUUGUAUUAUUCUCAAACAUUUGAAACCAAUUUGGCUAUUCUCAAAAAUGUUAAUUUGGUUAUUCUCAAAAAUGUUAAUUUGGUUAUUUCCACAAGAUUUGCACUACAAUUCAGCAACUGUUUAGUUAGCUGUUAAAAUUCUGGAAUCCCAGUAUGCAUUUUUCAAAUCUGCUUUUUCUCAAAAGCAAAAUUAGACAAAAGAUCCCCUUAUUUUUUUCAAUCCAUUUCUGUUGAUGUAGACUUGUCACUCUAACAGUACCCUAACCCCCCCAAAAUCAGUUCUUACAAUGUGGUCAGAGAUUAUAGUACAUGUCAACGUGUCAUAGGACAGUAAUUACUUUAUUUUUCUUUUACACAUAUAUACUUUUUUCCUAUUUUGUAAAUACAGUUUCCAUGUACCUACAUAAACCUCAGAAAUAAAUAUCAGCUAUAUAUUGUGAAAGGUUAUAUGCAAAACAAAUCUAAAUAAAACAUAUAGUAGAUAUUUAAACUGGAGAGAAACAAAGCAAGCAAAAUCAAAAUUAUUGUGAACUUGUAAAUGAUCAAUUUACUUGUAACUCACAGUAAACAAAACUUUUGUGUGCUACUCUAGUGCCCUCAUCUGGUUAUAAUAUGAAUGCAUUGCAUUCAACACAAUAAUUUAUUAACAAAUAACUACUUAUUAGCCUUUUAUGGAUUGGGAUUCUGUAAAACACUGAUAACAUUGUCUACAGGAUUUGAAAGGCUUGCAUGUAUGUUAAUAAAGGCAAUUUCCUAGGAGAAAUGUGUUAUUUAUAUACAGCUUUCUUCUAUCAAUGCUCUGUAGCAGAUGGCUAUCUUUUUGGUAUAUCAAAACAACAUUCAAUGCUCAGAUUGACAGGAUGUGAUUGUUUACACCUUAAUGCACAAUUAAUCACACAGGCGUUAAUCACUUGUAAUCAGACCUUAAUAUUCCUUUUUACAUCAAUUUCAGGUUCAAAUAAUAUCUUAACACCUGUUUUUGUAAUCUGAAAUAGAAUAUGUACUCCAUACAAGCAUUUUGGGUGAAAAAUAUAUUUUGGGGGUUAAUCAAUGCCACGGCUGAUGCUCCAAUAACUGCCAGGCGUCUUAUAUACACAGACUGACCACAUUAUUAAGUUUACACAUCAUUAACACAAAUAAACAAACUGUAUUGUGUGCCUGCCUGCAGCCCUUGAUAUUUUUAGCAUGCAUAAAUAAUCAAGCAGUUGUGUUGCUGUUACAGAGAAGGUAACAGAAUAAUUCUAUACUUCGGGUUAAAAUACAAAAAUCAGUUUGGCUAGAUAAAUAGAUCUUGUGAUGGUGCUGUUCUCUUGUUUUAAACAUAUGUGCUGCUGCGAGCAUACAGAAGUAAGCUGCCGAUAUCUGUGCUUUAACUAUUUAGUACAGAAAACUGCCACUUACUAUGAAAAGUUAUUUUUUUUUCUUAUUUUUAAUUACAUAAUGGCGGAAGUGUUGGAUAGGGUACUGCUUAAUGUUUACCUAGUUAUAUUGAGAGUCAGCAAUGUCUUAUUUUAGUUGUAAAAGCUUGUUUUCUUUUAAUUUGCCCCAAAGUGGGUAAUUGGCUGGAAAUAUUGGUAUGGCUAUGGUUGAUUACAUGAUUAAAACAUAAACAAGGAUGCAGGAUAGUUAAGUCAUUGUAAUGACAUGAAGGGGUACUGCCUUGGAGCAGCACUGUCACUUUAAAUGUGGGAACCAAUAUAGCAAAGAAAUAAAGUCCAAGACACAAAUGAAUAGGUUAAAUCAAGAAAUAUAUAUAUUUACAGGGAACCAAAGGAGAAAACAAAACAAUAUAUACACACACACACACAGACAAGGCCAUAAAAUAUAUACAGUAAAUCAGAAUAAGCACUAAUCGUGCAGGCAACAAAUACUGAAACAGUCCUUUUGGAAGAAGGGCAGGAUUGUGCAGAUACCACGAGUAUCAGGUAGGGCACAGGAAAACAGGGAAACAGGAAACAAAAGGCAAUGAUCUGGCAAGGAGUGAGGGGAGAACCCAAACUAAAUAGGUGCUAAACAAGGACCAGGUGAAGUGCUUAAUGAAAAGAAAUCAGGAACAGUGCCAAACAGAAACAGUGGUGAGUGUGAGUACUGCACGAGGGCAAAUCAAUUAAGGAGUGUCAUGACAGUCAUAAUUAUUAUAUUUAUAUAGCGCCAACAGAUUCUGUAGCACUUUACAAUGAGUGGACUAACAAACAUGUAAUUGUAACUAGACAGGUUUGAUACACAGAAACAGAGGGGUUGAGGGCCCUGCUCAAUGAGCUUACAUUAUAGAAGGAGUGGAGUAAAGUAGGUAAGGGAAGUAUUAGGGAAGUAGAUUGGUAGAAUAGUAUUCAAUAAAGACUUAGUGUGAUGUUUUUUUGUAGCCAUUAACAGUUUGAUAUGCUCUUGUGAAAAAGAGUGAAAGGAACACUAAAGGGUCAGGAACCAAAUAUGUAUUACUGACCCUACAGUGUUUAACCCACCAUUUAGGUGGAUAGCUCCCCCCCCUCUCCCCAGCCACCCUAUAAAAGUUUAAAACUUACCUUAUUUUCAGCUCUGCGCAGGUCUAAAAUUGGCACGAGGUGGGGCCAAAUGCUGUUUUGGCCAAUCAGGACCUCUUCCUAUAGAUGCAUUGAAUCAAUGCAUCUCUAUCUUCAUGCAGAGCGUGGGAAUGCUGAGCAUCAGGGCUGCUUUUUUGGCAGCACUGACCCAGGAAGCACCUCCAGUGGCCAUAUAAGGAGUGACCACUUGGAGCUGUCUCUAGAGGCAAUGUAAACGCUGCCUUUUCUCUGAAACGGCAGGGUUUGCAUGAAAAAAAGCCUGAAGGGAACUAUUAUACUCACCUGAACAACUAAAUUAAGCUGUAGUUGUUCUGGUGACUAUAGUGUCCCUUUAAUGAUUUUUUUGAAACAUAGAAUGUGACGGCAGAUAAGAACCAUUCGGCCCAUCUAGUCUGCCCAAAUUUCUAAAUACUUUCAUUAGUCCCUGGCCUUAUCUUUUAGCUAGGAUAGCCUUAUGCCUAUCCCACGCAUGCCUAUACUCCUUUACUGUGUUAACCUCUACCACUUCAGCUGGAAGUCUAUUCCAUGCAUCCACUACCCUCUCAAUAAAGUAGUACUUCCUGAAAUUAUUUUUAAACCUUUGCCCCUCUAAAUUAAGACUAUGUCCUCUUGUUGUUGUAGUUUUUCUUCUUUUAAAUAUAGUCUCCUCCUUGACUGUGUUGAUUCCCUUUGUGUAUUUAAAUGUUUCUUUCAAAUAGCCCCGUCUCGUCUUUCCUCCAAGUUAUACAUGUUAAGAUAUUUUAACCUUUCCUUGUAAGUUUUAUCCUGCAAUCCAUGAAUCAGUUUAAUAGCCCUUCUCUGAACUCUCUCUAAAGUAUCAAUAUCCUUCUGGAGAUAUAUAUAUAUAUAGUGUUUAGCAGUCUGCUAGCAUUUUCUUGCUGCUCUAUUACAUUGUCUGCCUACCUUUACGUCAUCUGAAAUAAUUACCCCUAAAUCUCUUUCCUCAAAUAUUGUGUACUCUGCCCUUCUGUUUUUACGUCCAAGAUGCAUUAUCUUGCACUUAUCCACAUUAAAUGUCAGUUGCCACAACUCUGGCCAUUUUUCUAGUUUACCUAAACCCUUUGCCAUUUGUCUUCUUCCUUCUGGAACAUCAACCCUGUUACAUAUCUUAGUAUCAUCAGCAAAAAGACAUACCUUACCAUCAAGACCUUCUGCAAUAUCACUAAUAAAAAAUAUUAAAGAGAAUGGGUCCAAGUACAGAUCCAGAGGUACCCCACAGGUGACAAGACCUUGCUUUGAAUAUACUCUGUUGACAACAACCCUCUGUUGCCUGUCACUCAGCCACUGCCUUACCCAUUCAACAAUAUUGGAAUCCAAACUUAAAGAUUGCAGUUUAUUGAUAAGCCUUCUAUGUGUCAAGAGCCUUACUGAAAUCUAGGUAUGCAAUGUCUACUGCACCCCUCUGAUCUAUUAUUUUAGUUACACAAUCAAAAAAAAUACAUAGGAUUAGUUUGGCUUGAUCUUCCCUGAAGUAAACUCAUGUUGUCACUGAUCUUAAAAUCCAUGUGAUUUUAGAUGUUCAACAAUCCUAUCCUUUUACAUGGUUUCCAUCACUUUCCCCACUACUGAAGUAAGGCUUACUGGCCUAUAGUUGCCCAACUUGAAGGAGUGGAGACCGGGUGAGCAUCUAACGUAAAAGGGAAGGGAGUUCCACAGGAAUGGUGCAGCCCUAGAAAAGUCUUAAAACCCUUCCCAUUUGAACCCCACUAAACUUCUUACAGCAUGAAAGUAUCUCUUUUGACGCUAUAGUCAAAGUUCACUUCCACACUCUUCAAUUUGCUGUGUCCUUUAAAUCCUAGAUUUACUUUUAACAUGAUGCAAACUCACGAUUUUAAUAAUUUAUUAAUGACACAGAGACGAGUAUUAUGCUGCACUGUUCCUUUAUUUCUCUCAGCAGCAAAGAAGAAAAUAAAAUUUUAAAUCAGUAUAACAACAAGUGGAUAACAUAAGAGGUGUUAACUCCUAGCUACAGGAACAGCCAAUCAACAUCCAUUUCCACAGCUUAAUAGGUGGUAUCCAGUAAAUCACUUCCUCUUUCUUGCGAUCCCAAAGAACAUGAAGAACAAAAUAAUCCAAUGAAAAAUUCCAAGAACAGUAAAUAAGAAAUUGUGUGGGACCCAACAAAAUUGGCUUCAUAUUCAAGCUGGAAGAGAUAGAAUCAUAUGGUAUUUUGCAUGCAGAAACUAGAGGUAUACAUGAUAACUUUCCUGCAUUAUAAUUAUCAGUUAUAACAUAUAAACCAUUGAAUUUAUUGUAAGCAAGACAUAUGUACAUGUCCAUCAUUAUCAUACAGCGUUUCCCCUCCUGGCGGUCACCCGGUGAUCGCCUCUCAGGGUAGUUCUUCCGGACAAUAUUGCAAAGCAGACGUGCUCUAUUCGAGCGUGUCUGCUGCUUCAGUUAGCUCAGUGGAACUAAUGGAAGUAGAAAGUGAAUCUCCCCAGCUGUUUGAUUGACAGUUGAGGGGGCAUUCCUAUUUUGAAUUCUAAAAGUGCUUAUUUUUACAAUGAAAUUGAUACUUUUAUAAAUGGGGAUUUUAUAGGGACUCAAUGUAGGUUAUAUUCAGCAAGCUGUAGUGCUCUAUGGGCGUGGAGUGCUCCUUUAAGAGCCUCAAAGAUAAACAUAUUUCCAUUAGAAAAAGUUAAAUAUAAUAGAUUAGAAUUUUGAUUGGGGCCCUCCUCACCUGUUUAUUUCUUGUUUUUCCUUUUCAGUCUCCGUUUAUUUGCUGUGUUUUGUUUUCCCAUUGUGUAGUGCUGAAGGCUUGUUAAUGCUCCAUAAAUAACACUUUUUACUUGUAUUAAAGGUCUUAUAUAUCAGCAUUUAGUGUCUUUGUAAUAUGUUGUCAAGCUGUUGGGGACUGAUACAAAUGAUAUGACAGUGUUUAGAAUGACUGAUCCAUUGAUCAUCCUUGUGUAUUCGAAAAUGGCCUGUAGCAUGAGAUGCACCACCAUCUGUUACAGUUUAGAAAGCAUAAUAUUAAUAAUGCCUUAGCACCUAUUUCCUCACUAGAUACUACUAAGAAAAGCAUAUUUGCAUUGUUUCCACAAUGUAUUACUCAACUAUAUGUACAUUGUUUUACAAGACAAAUGAAGUGUUUACCUCUUUCUAAUCAUUUAUUUUCUGUGGCUUUCAUCUUUUAACCACUUUGCUGCUGAUUUCUUUUCAUUGAAAAAAAUAAUGUAUGUUAGUACUGUAGCCUCCCACAAUUCUUUUCUUUUUCAUUUAGUCACUCGCUUUAUAUGGGGAUAGAUACGAAUACAUGGGGGAGAACUUUUUUAUUUUUUUUAUUUCUGGCAGUGCAUUUCAGGAAGCUUUGCAUAAAACUACAAUAAUGCAGCUGGCAGCUUGGAGACCUCUGAGCCUGGUUUCUGCUGAAUCCAGGACCUUUUCAUUGACCGUGUACAUAAUUAAUUUGUGAAUUAAUAUCCUAUCUGUAUAGAUCCGUGCCCACCUCAGAUCCGCUUCACUUAGAGUGGCCCUCUAACUCCCCCCCCCUUAUAGAGUGCUGUAAUGCAUUCCCCUGGUCAGCAUGCAUUUUUUUUUUAAUCUACAGGUUUCUUAACAAAGCUAUACAUAAGGACAGGUAGGGUACUUCCUGAUAUUAUUUUUAAACCUUUGCCCAUCUAAUUUAAGACUAUGUCCUCUUGUUGUGGUAGUUUUUCUUCUUUUAAAUAUAGUCUCCUCCUUUACUGUGUUGAUUCCCUUUAUGUAUUUAAAUGUUUCUAUCAUAUAGCCUCAUCUCGUUGUUUUCCUCCAAGCUCUACGUGUUAAGAUCCUUUAACCUUUCCUUGUAAGUUUUAUCCUGCAAUCCAUGAACCAGUUUAGUAGCCCUUCUCUGAACUCUCUCUAAAGUAUCAAUAUCCUUCUGAAGAUACAGCCUCCAGUACUCUAAGUGAGGUCUCACCAGUGUUCUGUACAAUGGCAUGAGCACUUCCCUCUUUCUACUGCUAAUACCUCUCCCUAUACAACCAAGCAUUCUGCUAGCAUUUCCUGCUGCUCUAUUACAUUGUCUGCCUACCUUUAAGUCAUCAGAAAUCGUCACCCCUAAAUCCCUUUCCCACAAGACUUCUGAAUGUGUCUUUUCGUAUUUGGCACCAAGACAUUUGCAUUAGAUCCCUUAAGUCCUGCAUGUUCCUUGAUGGCGCCUUUAUGGAUUGAAUUUAUUGUUCCAGUACAUCCCACAGAUGCUCAAUCAGAUUGAGAUCUGAGAAAUUUGAAGGCCAAAGCAACACCUUGAACUGUUUGUUACAUAGUUACUGUAACGGAUCACCUGGCACCCCGACUGUGUACCUCCGCUACAGGACCACUUACUAGCUGGACCAGGGGACUGUCAGGGUUGCUUUUGUGUGGGCACAGGAAGUCCUCUUGCAAGAGGCUGGUGAUCUGUCCAGGCAUUCUCUCACUGUUUCCAGUGAUUCGCGCCGGCCGUGAUAGCUUCGCCCCUUUUUGUGACGCGGCAUGUGCGCUGUGACAUCACUACCUGCCAAAAUGUUCGAAUUCGAACGUUUUGGGGGUGUGGCUACAAUUUAAAGAACACUGUAUAUAAGGGAACUUCUGAACUAGACUCAUUGCCCUGUUGUGGUUCGUUUUAGUCCCAAUAGCGCGUUGUACUUUGCUUAAUUAUUCCUGGUUUUGACUUUUGCUUGUUUGACUAUCCUUCUUUCUAUCACCCUUUGUAGCGGAACCCCUUUUUGGCUGUCCUAUUUCUUUUAUUGAUCGUUGGCCCUGCAGAGAUUUUCCUGUGCCUGGAGUACACAAAACUCUAAGUAACUAGGUAUGGACAUACUUUGUUCGGUAUGGGAAUAUCAGCUUACAUGUGAACGACUAAAAUUCACCAUACGAACAAAGUACCAAAUGCACCGGACAACCCUGAUGUGUAUAAUGGAUAUAAUUUCCCCCUCUGAUUGCUUUUCAUUCCCUUGUACGCACAAACUGCUGCCAUUUCGGCAGCCGAACACGUGGCGGCCGCCAUUUUAAAUCCGCGAACAGCGGUGUUUGGUCGUCGAGUGUCUGGAUCUGAAAACGGACACUCGACUAGCCGAACACCGCUAAGAACUCCAGGGCUUCAGAAGGCACGGGGAAACCCACGAACGGCCCGGCAUUAUUGUCGAUCUCCCUCAAUGUUGCAAUUUGCUUCUCGAGAUCUCCAAUCUGAGCUUCCGGAAAAGCCACUCGCACACAAUUGUCACAGAGAUAUGAAACCUGGACGGGUACAUCCAGGCAUGCAUACAUGCAACAAGAUGUGCAUUGAGUCAAACCACCAAUCUUGCUAACACUCUUUUCCCCAAAUACAGAACAGUAAAACAAUUACCUUGUUAGUUUAAACCCCUUGUUUGUUUUAACUCCUGGUUUUCUAUUGGUUUGUCAUUUCCAGGGUUUGUCAUUUUACUCAAACCAUACCUAACAGUCUUUGCAAUUUGGCAAGGUUCCUUAUCCUGCUGAAAGAGGCCAGUGCCAACAGUGAACAGCAUUUCCAUCAAGAGGUGUAUGUGGUCUGCAACAAUCUCUAGAUAUGUGGUAUAUGUAAAAGUAACAUCCAUAUGAAUGCCAGGACCCAAAGUUCCCAACAGAACAUUGCCCCAACUAUAACACUGCCUCUGCCGACAUACCUUCUUCCCAUAGUGAAUCCUGCUGCCAUUUUGCCUGCAAGUAAAUGACACACACACGGCUAUCCACCAGUUCUAAAAAAAUUAAAACCUUUUAUUCAUCAGACCUCCUUCCAUUGUUCAGUUCUUACGCUCAUGUCCCCUGUGAAGGCACUUUCAGCAGUGGACAGGGUUCAUCGUGGGUACUCUGACCUGUCUGCAGCUAUGCAGCCCGAUACAUAUAAUUUGAUGCACUGUGUGUUCUUACACUUUUCUAUCAUUACCAGCAUUAUGUUUUUUUUCAGCCAUUUGAACUACUGUGUAUCUUCUGUGUGAUCAGACCAGAAGGGUUAAACUACUAAGUACCAAAAGCACUUCACAAGACUUUCUGUUUUGGAGAUGUUCUGAUCUAGUUGUCUAGCCAUCACUAUUUGGCCCUUGUCAAAGUCACUCUGCUUGCACAUUUUCCCUGCUUUCAAUACAGGAAUUUCAAGGACUGACUUCACUUGCUGCAUAAUUUUUCCAUCCUUUUGACAUUUGCUUUUGUAAUGAUAUAAUCAAUUGUAUUCACUUCAACUGUCAAUGGUUUUUACUUUGUGGCUCAUGAGUGUAUAUAGCACAUUGCUGUACACUUAAUUGCCAUGUAAGCUGCUUAAUGCUCUUAAUAAAACCAACAAACAUCACUCAAGGCUUUUGCACCUUAUUACUGUAGUAACAAGGUUACUGUUUUCUAAUAUUUGUACGAGUGUUUAUUAAAGAAUAUGUAUUGUGAAUUGUAUACAGAUAUGUCAUGCUGUAUUUAUAAUAGAUAUGUUGUUUUGUGGUAAUAUGAUCACUUUUGCACUUUCUAUGAUCUAUCAUAUGCACUGUAAUAUUUUCUAUAUUAUUGAAACGAUUGCUUCACAAAGGAUUCACUUUGUUGAUACUUUGUUAAAUAUAGAUUGAAGAGAUUGUGAAGUGCUCCACUAUUUUACUAUUAUUGUAACUUUACCAACAUUCCUUUUAUUAAGCAAUUUCUGAUAUUCCAAACAUUACAGUGACUUUACAGCAUUCAGCUCUGUGAAGUACUCAGAUUUUACUGCACAUUACAGUUACUUUACUGCCCUUCAUCUCUGUGAGCCACUUUGCUGUCAAAAUUACUCUUGUUAGUUCCAUGAGCCACUUCUGUUAGACAUUGUAUUACUGUGUAAUUUAAUUGUAAUGCACUUCCAUGAGUGAUUCAUGUUGUGUGGCAUGUUACUGUAAACUUUAUUUACAUCCAACGCAGGAGCCACUUGUUAUGCAACAUAUUACUUUGAGCCUUAUUGCCGUUUAGCUCAGAAAGAUCUGUGGGCUCUUUUGCAACAUAAUUGUAUGUGUAUUUGCUGUGUUCCUGUAAACCUCCGGUUUCCUGUAGCAGAAUGGUGUGAGCCUCAUCUCUGUACAUAGUCGUAGUGGCAUACAUGUAAUUAGUUUGUGUGAGCAUUAUUGCAUUUCACCUCUGUUAUUCACAUCUAUUUUGCUGCAUAUUGCUUUCUGUUCUGGGGCAACCCUAUGUUUGCACUAUCUUGCUUUUAUCCACAUUAAAUGUCAGUUGCCACAGCUCUGACCAUUUUUUUUUAAUUUACCUAAAUAAUGUGCCAUUUGGCUUAUCCCUCCUGGAACAUUAACCCUGUUACAUAUCUUAGUAUCAUCAGCAAAAAGACAUACCUUACCAUCAAGACCUUCUGCAAUAUCACUAAUAAAAAUAUUAAAGAGAAUGGGUCCAAGUACAGAUCCCUGAGAUACCCCACAUGUGACUAGACCUUACUUCGUUGCCGGUCAUUCAGCUACUGCCUAGCCCAUUCAACAAUAUUGGAAUCCAAACUUAAAGAUUGUAGUUUAUUGAUAAGCCUUCUAUGUACAACAGUUUUUAAAGAGCCUUACUGAAAUCUAGUUAAGCAAUGUCUACUGCACCACCCUGAUCUAUUAUUUUAUUUACCCAAUCAAAAAAAUCAAUAAGAAGUAAACCCAUGUGAUUUCUGAUCUUGACAUUCAAAAAUCCUAUCCUUUUCCAUCACUUUCCCCACUACCUUUCUUGUGAAUGGAUACAACAUUUGCUAAUUUCCAGUUUUCUGGGACUACUCCCAUUAGCAUUGAUUGGUUAAAUAAAUAUGUAAAUGGUUUUGGUAGUACACCACUAAGUUCUUUGAAUAACUUUGGAUGUAUCCCAUCAAGCCCUAUCGACUUAUUUGUCUUUACUUUUGACAGUUGAAAUAAAACCUCUUCCCCUGUAAACUCACAUUUAACAAAUGACUCAUUUGUCCUUUUUCCUAACUUUCAGCUUAAUUUUCAAUUGUAAAUACUGAACAAAAAUAUUAAUUGAGGCAGUCAUUUAGACUUUUAUCCUCUUCUACAUACAGUCAUUCUUUUGUUUUUAACAAAUCCUUGUUUUACUUUCCUUUUUUUCAUUUAUGUAUCUAAAAAAAAUUGUAUCCCCCUUUUUUUUUUUACUGAAUCUGCUAUGCUCUCUUCUGUGUGCUUUGGAGGCUCUUAUAACUUGCCUCUUUUUGCCUAGUCUUAUAGAUCUGCCUGUCUUUCUCACUUUUUUAUAAUUACUUAAUGCUAACUUUUUGUUUUUUAUUAUUUUGGCCACUUCUGCGGAGUACCACAGUGGUUUCUCAUUUUUUCUGCUUUUACUGACAAGCCUAAUGGAAUUUUCUGUUGCUUUCAGUAGUGCAACUUUUAAAUGAUCCAAUUUCUCCUGGACUUCAUUUAAACUGCUCCAGUCUGAUAAGGACUCCUUUACACAUAUUCUUAUUUUUAAAAAGUCUGUUUUUCGAAAAUCGAAAACUUGUUUUUGUGUGGUGUGACUCAGUCACUUUUCUUAUAUAAACCACACUGACUGGUGAUCACUAGAUCCUGAACUUUCUGCUACAGACAUAUAUCUGAUACUAAAUCUCCAUUUGUUAACAGUAAAUCUAGUAUUGCCUCCUUACGAGUUGGCUCAUCAAUGACUUGUUUUAGAGACAAUACCAGUAGGGCGUUUAGAAUAUGUGCGCUCCUGGCACAAGCAGCUAUUUUGGUUUUCCAGUUCACAUCCGGUAGAUUAAAGUCACCCAUGAUGAUAACUUCCCCCUUCAAUAUCAUUUUAGCUAUUUCCUUAACUAGUAGAUUAUCUAACUCUUCUAUUUGUCCAGGGGGCCUGUAAAUCACACCUACACAAGUUCACUGGCGGAUCCAGGGAGAGGGCAGGGCAAUGGGGCAAUUGCCCCCCCAGGCUCUCCCCUGCCGGCUAAUGCAGGGCUGGCACUGUCAAAGUGCCAGCCCUGUAAUGUGCCUUCAAGGACAAGAGGGGAGAUCAGAGAUGGCAGCCGGCAGGGAGGGAGAGAGGACCAGGGAGCUCAACCUGCAGCCCCUCCGGGUCCUUCUCUCGCGAGCAUGGAGCGUUGCGGUCGUUACCACUGCAAUGCUCCAGAUCUCACAAGAGUGAACUCAAGCCCCUCCUCACCACACAUUCACACACUGCCCCAAACACAAACACGCUGCCCCCCCACACACACUGCCCCAACAUACUCACCCCACACACACACUCACAUGCACUGCCCCCACACACGCACACACUCCCCCCAUACCCACACUGCCCACACAUAUACACUGCCCACCCAUACACACACAGCCCCCUGUACAUACACACCAUACACAUUCACACACACAUUCACAGUCCCCUAUGCACACAUUGCACCACACACACUGCCCCCCCAUACACACAUUUCCCCACACACCCUGCACAUUCACAUACUACACGACCCACACACACACACUGCACCCCUCACAUAUUGCACCACUCAUACACACCACUGCUCCUAUGCCCUACUACAGCACCAUAUCCCAGCAGACAAUUCUGUAAAUGUAUUGCUUCAUUUCUCUGGGUUUUACACUUUGCUGCUGUUGUACAGGUCUAUUAAAAAUUUAAUUAAAUUAAGUUUCUUAAACUACUAGAUGUUCACAUAAUGACUGUUACAUUGUUUUCUUAUUUAUAUCCACGUGGCAAAGAGAAAGUCAUUUAAAGAUGCCAUGUUUGCCUCUACCUUUACACCUAUUAAAAAGGCCAGACUAAUUCCCAAAAUAUUACACGUCACAUUACUGUUUUUAAAAAUGUUAUAAACACUUUAAUUGGUGGAAAACACACAUGAAGCCUUUUAGACAUAACCAGACUCUCAUUAAAGGAACACUAUAGUCACCUAAAUUACUUUAGCUAAAUAAAGCCGUUUUAGUGUAUAGAUUUCACUGCUCAAUUCACUAUCAUUUAGGAGUUAAAUCACUUUGUUUCUGUUUAUGCAGCCCUAGCCACACCUCCCCUGGCUAUGAUUGACAGAGCCUGCAUGAAAAAAAAACUGGUUUCACUUUCAAACAGAUGUAAUUUACCUUAAAUAAUUGUAUCUCAAUCUCUAAAUUGAACUUUAAUCACAUACAGGAGGCUCUUGCAGGGUCUAGCAAGCUAUUAACAUAGCAGGGGAUAAGAAAAUCUUAAUUAAACAGAACUUGCAAUAAAGAAAGCCUAAAUAGGGCUCUCUUUACAGGAAGUGUUUAUGGAAGGCUGUGCAAGUCACAUGCAGGGAGGUGUGACUUGGGUUCAUAAACAAAGUGAUUUAACUCCUAAAUGGCAGAGGAUUGAGCAGUGAGUCUGCAGGGGCAUGUUCUAUACUCCAAAACUGCUUCAUUAAGCUAAAGUUGUUCAGGUGACUAUAGUGUCCCUUUAAUCAUUUCAAUUCCCCAUCUCAUCAUUUAAAAAAGAAAAAAAAAUUAUACCUGGAGCUUCAAAUUAGUUGUUUUUUUUUUGGGGGGGGGGGGUUUUGGAGAGGGUUGUUGUUUUUAUUAGGGCCACAUUACAGACAUUUUAUAUUUUUUACAGAUCCCCAAGGAUGUUUUCAGUGUAUUGUGUAUGCAGUUCAUUUCCUUUCAAGUGUUUUUCUUAGAUUCAUGAUUGAAUGGCUUUAUUUGUAUUAACUGUCAGAGCCCAGUUAAGGUUUUAAUUGUUUGUCAUUAAUUUUGCUUUGAUGUUGGUUGUAGUGUAUAUUAUUUGGACACUGUUUCAGAUAGUUGGUAACCCAUUGUUUAAUGAAUAAAAGUGGUGGCGAUCAUUAAAACCUAAACUGAAGCCAUAUAGCAAAAUAAAAAAUAACAUUAUCUGCUACAUAAAUAACUUUGUUCAUUCUUAGAACUUUGUACUGGUAGAAGGCAAAAUGAGCCCUUACUACAGCAGUGUGUUCAGUUUGUUCCAAAGAGGAAUAUAAUUGCGAGUAACCCUUUAAAAUGAAGAAUGUUUCAUGUAGAACUGUUUUACAUCAUACUUUUAUUUUUUUCUUCUAAUGUUGAUUUAAAAGCGUGGAGUUUUUUUGUGUUUUUGUUUCUUGAAAUUGUAAAUACUAAUAGGCAAGGCGGCUUUUCACUUCCUUGAUAAAGGGAUAUCCUUUAGCAUCUAAACGUGCAACAGACCAUGCCGUGUUGUUUUUGGUUUUUUUUUUGUCGUAUUUACUUUGGGACAUGUACUUUAUCACUAAACACAGUUAGUUGUCACUAAGAACUAGGUUUGUGAGGACUGUUGAUUGACCUGAGCCAAUAGGUGGGAUAGUUUUCUUUCAACUAGGGUACCUUUAUUUUUACCCUUUGACUACAGUUGACCCACCCGACUGUACUUUAAAUCAACUGGAAUGUUACAGAGAUCCUAGUUGACUUGGUAAUAUAGGCUGCUUUGCAAUAGUGUAUGAUUGCAGUGGUGUAUUUUUGUUUUGUGCUGCCUGAAUCAUGUCUAAACUCUUGCAUUACUCUGAUUUAAAUUUGCCCCACCCCUUCCUGUCAUGGCCACACAUCUUCCUGUUUAAGACCCGCACGCACGGACACAUGCCCUCACUGAUACAUGCACUGGCAUACACUUACUGAAAGAUACCCAGUCAAUGGCAUUUGGCACACACACUGUUUAAUCAACACACACUUUUACUGAUGUAAACACUGACAGGCACACAAUCUUAGAUACACAUUCACUGACACAUAUACACUCUGACACACAUAUCUUCAUUUAUUUGACACACUCAGAAAGACAGACACAAACAUUCACUCACAGAUACUUACUGACAGACACACACAUACUGAAACACAUACAUUCACAGACACACACGGACAGGCACAUUCACUGACAGAUACACUGACAUUCACACACUCUCAGAUUCACAUACACGGACAUACACACACUUAUAGACACAUACAUACCCACAGAUUUGACACCCUCUGACAGACACAUACAUUCACUCACAGGCACACAUACACUGACAGACGCAUUCACUGAUAGACAUACACCCUCACUGACAGACACACACUGAAACUGAAACACUCACACACAUGUUGUUACACACUCAAAAUUUAUUAUUUUUUUACUUUACUUUAACUCCACCCAGCCUCCCUACCUUUUGGAGAGCAGGAGUGGAUUAGUACCCUGGGGUGCAGUGGGGCUCUUCCCUGGGCUGCCUGCUAGUGUGCUGUGCCGGCUGCUUGUCUGCUGGGCUGCUGUUGGGUUGGUAGGUGGUUGCACAAUGAUGGCAGUGAGGGAGUGGUAAUCUUCUUGCUUUGCUUCCUUGUGCCCUGCUUAGUGAUGCCGGGGCUGGACUGAUAUCAUAUUCCAACUCAUGGCAUCAAAUGAGGGAGCAAAGCAAAAGAAGCACACAAAUCAGUGCUCCCUCGUGACCUACCUGCAAUAGACAUGGUCUACCGCCUCGGGUGUCCCUAAUGUGUUUUUUUUUCUGCCUCCCUGAUAAGUGCUUCUCAUUGUAAAUGCUUUGCUUGCCUUGUGCUAAAAACAGCGCUGUAUGAUUGUAAGGGUUUUUACAUUUGUAUUGUCCUCUGCUAUGAUUAAGAAGUUCUCUAAGAAAGUGAGGCAUUAGGAGAUAUGCUACAUAUCUUUGCACCUGUCUAAAUCAAGUUAGAUUUCUAGCUAUUAUUAAUAGACUUGGGCACCUCUAAAAUGUUGUUUCAUGUGAACCAAAUUUCCUCUGAUUGCUCAUUCAUUUUCUGGACAAAAUGUGGCCAUUAUUUUUGUUUUGGAAUUUCAUUUGGAAAAAUUUUAAAUUCUAAACCGUGCAGCUGGCUGUGGCUGCAUCUUGCAGCAGUUAUGCAGAUAACUCCCUAAAUCGGUACCCUUAUGGGUUUGCCAUAUUUUUGGGUAGUUUAGUAUAUCUUUUAUUUGACAAUUACUUUAGGAUUAGGGUGCUAUCUACUAAGACAAAAAAAACAACACCAGUUAACACCCAAAAUUGUGCCAGGUGAAAGACAAUAAAAAAAAUAAAUUAAAAAAAUUAAAACAACUUCUCUUGCAAAUGAACAGCUUCCCAGGGUAGCUUUCCAGUUAGACAAAGAUAUGUGUAUACGAAGAAAAGAUGGAUAUUCGUUUUACCAGUUGUUUAUAAUAAACCGUUUUGUACUUACCUGGAUCCCUGACUCCUUCGGUUCCUGAAUUUAGUGUUCUACAGAAGGGAAGAGGUCCUGCUAACACCCCACAGCCAUCAGAGGAGGCACCUUUCAAGCGAUUUUAUGCUUCAUAUUCUGUGAGUGCAAUAUUAAAGCCUGUAACUUUACAAUACUGUGGCGAUUUACACUGUGUUGUUAAUAAUUGGGAUUGUUCAGCUGUACCCAUUUUUUCAUCAUACACAUGUAUACUAUCUACUAAGAAGCUGGAAGAACAAAAUCACAAAAAAACCUUGCUUUUCAUAAUUUUGGUCUUUCAAACAUCAUUAUUAAUACUAAGUAAAGAAAUAUAAAUAAUGGAGAUUACAUCCUCCUUUCUUAUCCUACCCACCGUGCCACAAGUAGGGGCAUGUCUACUAAACACCUGUCAUGUCCAGUCGCUAAUCCAGUUAAAGGGACCUGGCAUAGAACCCUCAUGCCUCAAUGGGACACCUAAUAAAUUAACUGGGACAUAGUGUCCCCCCAUGCCCUGCAAGUGGGGACUUCUAAAAUAAACAGAGGGGACCUAUGUCCCCCUCCAGAUCUCCAGGGGCUAUUAAAAAAAAAAAAAAAAAAAAACAGGGGAGACACAAUGUCCCAUUAGCCCCCACCCAUUGAUGAUGGGUAGUGGCCCUAAAUAAUAUGGGGGGUGGGCCUCUUGUCCCCACCCAGCUCUCACCCAUUUUUCCAAAGAAACAAUAAUUAAAUCUAGCAAUGUCUCAAAGGGCAGCACUUUUCAUAUCCUGCACAACAGCAUAAAAACCUGUUUCUAAAAUACAUUUCCAUUAAGGGUACCAUUUUCUUGAAUGUGCCUUUUUAGUUGCCUAGUAGAAUCCCUCACUUUCAUUUUAAGUACCUAAUUUGGUACUAUUACUUAUGGCAAUCCCACAGAGGAAUACCAAUUUAGGAAGCUAUCUACUAAACAGCUGAAAGAGCAAAAGUAAGAGGAAGCCCUUUUCCUAAUGAUACUGUUUCAAUUGAUUAAUAGAGAAGUUCUAAUUUGCUAUCCCCGUGAAAACAAAUGGAUCUGAAAAUUUUCUGCUCAAUUCAUUCAGAAAACUUUACUGCAAUUGUGUGUGCUGCCGGAUUCUGAACUACUAGAUUCGGAAAUUUGGACGAAUUUUGGAUGAAAUCCAGUUUGACUGAUAAUUAAUCCAGGUCUAUUUUACACUACUUUUUUUUUUUUACCCCCAUAAACAGCUGAAUAUAAUAUGUCUGUUACUUUCCCUUUUAUUUGGUAUGUUGGCCACACAGUAUAAAGAAUCUGUUAUUUUCUCUUUUCAAUACGCUAGAAAGCUGUAUACUUUCAAGCAUCAGGAGACAAAAAAGCAGGUUGCAAAGGCAUGCACCAUUAAAAUGACUGUGCAACUUUGCAGCUAGUCUACUGGAAUUGCACAUGCUGGAACCCUCAGAGGAACAUUUGCAAUGGUGUGAUUUAUAAAGAGAAAAUUUGUAGUACUAGUGUUAAAAUUUCAUGUACAUGUGAAAUAUUAGCUUUCUGAGCAUAAAAAGCAGGUACAUUUGUAAGUAAUUUUUGUAAAAAAUGUUUUACUUUCUAACCUUUUAUCAAUGAGGAACAUUCCUUGUUGAGUGAUAAAGCUUAUUUCCCCAUAUUCCAUUAUUAUUAUUAUUAUUAUUAUUAUUAUUAUGUUAUUUAUAUAGCGCCAUCAAAUUCCACAGCGCUUUACAAUGGGUGGACGAACAGACAUGUAGUUGUAACCAGACAAGUUGGACACACAGGAACAGAGGGGUUGAGGGCCCUGCUCAAUGAGCUUACAUGCUAGAGGGAGUGGGGUAAAAUGACACAAAAAGGUAAGGAUAGUAUUAGACUAGUGACAGUUGCAGAAGAGGAAUCAGUCAGGAGCUAUUAACAGUUUAGUUGAUACGCUUUUAUGAAGAAGUAGGUUUUUAACGAUUUUUUGAAGGAGCGGAGACUGGGUGAGCAUCUAACGGAGGAGGGAAGCGAGUUCCACAGGAACGGUGCAGCCCUCGAGAAAUCUUGAAGGCGAGCAUCAGAGGUGGGAGUACGGACAGAAGAUAGACGUAAGUCUUCAGCAGAUCAUAAGGGCCUAGACAGGACAUACUUGUGGAUAAGGGAGGAUAGAUAGGUGGGAGCAGCAUUAUGUAGCGAUUUGAAAGCAAGAACCAGAAUUUUAAAUUGAGCUCUAUAUUUUAUAGGAAGUCAAUGUAGGGACUGACAGAAGGGUGAGGCAUGGGAGGUGCGGGUGGACAGGAAGAUGAGCCUUGCUGCCGCAUUCAUUAUGGACUGUAACGGCGCAAGUUGGGAGAACGUAAGACCACUGAGAAACGAAUUACAGUAGUCAAGGUGAGAAAGGACAGUGGAAUGGACCAACACCUUAGUCACAUCUUGCGUUAAGUAGGGGCGGAUGCGCGCAAUAUUUUUGAGAUGGAAAUGGCAGGAUUUGGCGAUAGUGUGAACAUGAGGUUUGAAAGAGAGGUCAGAGUCAAAGAGAACACCUAGGCAGCGAGCCUGCAUGGUGGAGCUGAUGGUAGCACCGUUGACUUGGAGGGAGACAGACACAGGAGUAACAACACUUGAGGGAGGAAAGACCAGAAUUUCAGUUUUGGUCAAGUUUAGUUUAAGGAAGUGGGCAGCCAUGCAGUUAGAAAUAGCAGUCAGAGACACUAGUCAACAGGUACGGGGAGAGGACAGGUAGGUUUGCGUGUCAUCUGCAUAGAAAUGAUAUUGGAAGCCAAAGGAGCUAAUGAGUUUACCAAGGGAGGCAGUAUAGAUGGAGAACAGUAGAUGACCAAGGACUGAACCUUGGGGGACACCAACAGAGAGGAGUUGGGGAGAAGAAGCAGAGCCAGAGAAAGAAACACUGAAAGAGCACUGGGAGAGGUAGGAGCACCAGGAGAGAGCAAUAUCUUUUAGACCGAUAUUGCGGAGGAUGAGAAGAAGCUGUUGAUGAUUAACAGUGUCAAAAGCCGCAGACAGGUCAAGGAGAAUUAGGAUAGAGUAGUGACCACGAGAUUUUGCAGCGAGUAGAUCAUUGGAUACCUUGGUCAGUGCCGUUUCCACAGAGUGCUUAGCGCGGAAACCAGACUGAAGUGGGUCUAGGAGAGAGUUGGACUUGAAGAAGUCUGUCAAUCUCGCAUACACAAUUCUUUCAAGGAUCUUGGAUGCAAAAGGCAGUAGCGAGAUGGGACAAUAGUUGGAUGGGGAGUUAGGGUCAAGAUUGGGCUUCUUUAGAAUUGGGGUUACAGUUGCAUGUUUUGAAGGGCAAUGUAAAUAUACCAGAGGAGAGAGAGAGAGAGAUUGAGAAUUUUAGUGAGAGGUGGAGAAAGAGAAGAAGACAGAAUACGGAUGAGAUGCGAGGGAAUUGGAUCUAGGGAGCAGGUGGUGGGGCGGGAGGACUGGAGCAGAGCAGAAACCUCUUCCAAUGUAGCGGGUGCGAAUGAACAUAGAACAGCAGAGGGAGUGAAGUUAGGGGAAGUAUUGUAAGGGGAAGAAGACAGAUUAGAGAUCUCUUCUCUGAUUGUAGAGAUCUUGUCAGUGAAGUGAGUUGCAAAGUCUGAGGUGGUCAAGUUAGUAGGUGGAGGAGGAACAGCAGGGCGAAGAAGAGUUAAAUGUGUGAAAUAGUAGUUUGGAUUUGCGGGAGAGUGUGGUUAUCCUUGAUCCAUUAUUAGCUCUUUUGGUUCUAUAAAUGCUUUCUAAUGUAUUCUAGACACCUCAUUAGCAAUAAGCACAAAGCCAAUUGAGUAAAGAUAAAGCAGUGAACAGAACUGUCCUUCAUUCACAAAGCUAGUCAGGUUUACAAUGUAAUCAUCCAGUCAUGACUUUACUGUGCACGUUUCUUAUGUGCUUUUUUGUAUCUAUCAAAUAAUGUCCUCAGAAAUUUGGCCUUGUUUAUAACAUUCAGUAUUGGUUGCCAUAGAUAUUAAAGAAUAACUUUUACCUUUAACAUCAUGGCUUUGUCAUUGCCCAUUGCAAUGCUAUAUUUUUUUAAAGAGUAUGACAUAACAGCAAAAUGCAAUCUUUUGAGGUAAGCUUACAUAAAUGUUAUUGACCUUUUUCUCAAAAGAACCAUUUUAGCACCAAAUGCAUCUUAACCUCCCUGGCGGUCUGGUUAUGUCAGUAUUUUUUAAUGUCAAAGUGGUGUAGUGCUUUACCUAAGAGGAUAGAUCCAGGGCAGGGAGAGUGAUGUUUGCACUUCCUGCAGGAGCAGAACUCCGUAAUCCUUACCUCGCAGUUUGGCGCUUCAUAGUGAGUCAUAGCGUAGCCGCCAUGAUUCCCAGCAUGCACGUCUGACUCACUCAGUGCUAGGGCCACAAAAGAGUGAUUACUGAGGUCUGUACCUAUUACAGGUGCAAACCUCACACUCCCACACUAGACCACCAGGGAUCAAAGAGCCCUGCUAAACUAGGAGGAAUCAAGGACCCUUGCUAGACCACUAAGGAUAUGAGGAUAGGGUGAGGUGAAAGUAGAGAAUUAGUACAGGGGAAAUAGCUGAUAAGUGCAUGGUGUGAUCUGUGAAUGAGUCUAUAUUUCCCCUAAAUUUCUAGAGAAGCAUAUGACAUUUAUGGAGCAUUUGGAGAGUAGGGCGGGCCGGUGCUUCACUCCUCAGUUUACAAGCAACUGUAAGACAUAAGAUCAAGGCCAGGAAUGCCUGCUGUCUCUAACCCAUUGCUCAGCUGCAAUUAAUGAGCUGUGGCAGUGGGAAUAAACCCCUCCCUGCUAGGCAGGUAAGGGGGAUUGUUGAUUUCUCCUUUGGAGGUUGGAAACAGCAGGUUGGCUUGGAGCACUGGAGGGCAGAAAGUUUACAGUCAAGGUGACUGCACCGGAGUACAGAAAAUUUACAGUCAAGGUGACUGAGCACAGGAGUACAGAAAGUUGGCAGCCAAGGUGACUGAGCACAGGAGUGCAGAAAAGAGACAGAAAAUAAGGUUGGUAGAACCUGUGUUCUGUUAAGUUUAACCCUUGAUAGAUAGGGAUCUAAAAGUCAGUAAGAGCUCAGACGAGCUAGGAUUUAAUUUGCAGGGAAUUGUUAUAUUAUUGCUUCUUUUGUACUGCUGCUGUCUCUUGAGUGAAUUUUCAAUAAAUUGCCUGGGUUGAUAUUAAAACCAAAAGACUGCACGUGUUUUAUACCCUAGAGGGCCAUGCUAAUUGCAAUACAGGAUCACAAUGGAUAGAAAUAGCGUGUGUGUGUGUAUGUUUAACAAUAUUUAUUUAAAAUGUGUGUGUUUGUAUACAAACACUAUAUAUAGAGAUUUCUCUAUAUAUAGUGUUUGCAUACAAACUUUUGGCUUAGGAGGGUUGCUGUAGAAGGGAGGCGGGCAUAGACAGCGAGCUGAGCUAUCAGUAAAGCGGUAAAGCGCUCAGUUCAUUCAUAGAGCGACAUUACAUACAGCGAGCAUACACCGCACACACUACAUGCAUUAUACACAGCCUGCACACACAUCACACCCAACAAACAUUACACCCAGCCAAUACAUGCCACACCCUCACCUCACACUAUAGGAGUGAUCAGAGGGUGAGACACCAAACUACACAUAUAGGCAAAUUAAAUCUGAAUGGCACAAUGGGAAAAAUAGCCAGUUGUGACUAUAACGGUGUUGAAGAAUUUUUUUCAGAUCAGCUACUUUAUGCUAGUUUUUUUUUCAUUUGGAUUUAAUUUGGGAAAAUAGUUCAGUGUAUAACCCUGUAAAUGUUCAGGUCUUACUGUAUUUAGCAGCGAUGCCUCAUUCUGCUUACUGUAUUUGGCAGCGAUGCCUCAUUCUGCUUAUGGUAUUUUGCAGCGAUGCCUCAUUCUGCUUAUGGUAUUUUGCAGCAAUGCCUCAUUCUGCUUACAGUAUUUGGCCCACACUAGGCCAUAUCGACUUUUAUCAUAUGCAUUUUAGUUAGUCACCCUGCAAUUUAAUGUUUCGCUCUACAUGUUAAAGUUUUCUUUGUCUGUCCUGGGUAUUCAUGCACUUAUAUGGCUAGGUGUUGAAACUCACUGUCUAAAUUUAUGUCAGGCCCACACUUGGGCCUAUACAUGUAGUAAUGGAAAUAAAAUAUAAACUUGUAUAUACAUUCUCUGUACACAUAAAUGUAAAAUUCCUUAUUUUCUGUAAAGGGGAAUAUCUUCUAAAUAUCCUAAAUCUUCUUACUAAAUAACCUCAAAUUCAUAAAACUAUCAUGCAUUUUAGUAAGUCACUCUACAUUUUAAUGUUUGUCUGCCCUCUGGGUAUUCAGGUACUCAUUAGGCCAACAUUGUUCGGUAAUUCACUGUUUAGUAGAUGUGCCCCAAAGUACAGCUUGCAUGCAUUUAGUUAUGCAAUUUUCAUAAUUAUGGGUAUAAUCUAAAACAGCUAGCUAAACCUGCAGUUCUCUUGUCUGCUGCUUUUGCAUUCCCUCACUUUCUAACACCACCCAGACUUUAUUUGUACGGUAUACAUGCAUUAGGAACAUCAUUCAGUCAUGUUCAGUCUAAGCAAUGAAGUUUUAUAUCUGAUGCUAAUAUUACUGAGAUAUUCUAGUAUUAUUCUAGCAUUUCCUGUCGCUUUCAACCCUAAUUUUCUAUGCCAGCUGUGUAUGCAGAAGUAUUUAUCAUCCUCCUAAGCAUUCCAGGUGUAAGUCUUUUUAUGUCUGUCUUAUAUCUCCUGUCUUUUCCAAUGAAUUAUGUACGGCCAUCACAGCCUCUAGCCUGUUCAGCCACUGUGGCAUGCUAGAGGCCUCUGUUCCCCAUUUUGAUUCUGUCUUCCAACAGCUCGUUUUAUUGGGCUCAGUGCAUAUGUGUUUUUAUACAGUUUCUGUUCUUUUCACCUUUUCAUAAACUAGAUGAUUAUUCGUAAUUAUCUGGUUCUCUACCAUCUCAUCACCAACAGGUCUUAGCUACAUACACAAACUCCAGAACCAUUCUCCGAUUCACAUCCUACCUUCACCCGCAUUAAUCUCAACACAGCCUGCACAACCACACUGAAACUCGGGAUACACAUAUUUCCUACUCCUGGCAUCACUAUGCCUUUACAACGUGUGUUCAUAUGCCCUGUAAUGGGCAACCUGCCACAGGCUAAUUCGGCAUUUCAUUGAAAACAUUUAUAGAUUUUAGAUUAAGAAUAUAAUGUCUUGUUUUAGGUUCUGGGUAGUACAUUUAGUAUAUGGAUAUCACUAUCUUACAGUUAUGUAGCGGUAAUAUUUAUCAUAAUGCCACAAACAGGUAUUAACUUUUGAUGUGGCAUAUUAGAUGAGUUACGAUAGACGAUACGCCUUGGGCCACACUGUCUAUAUUUACAUAUGCAUUUCUGCACAGUCUACAGUUUUGCUUACAAACAUUUAUGUGUCAUGUCUAAUCAUAUUUUGAGAUUUCCCUAAAUAUGAUUGCAUGGUUCAACACUACAGUUCCUGUCUGUGGACAUUUGGUACUGUGGCUUUCCGGGACACCAUGGGUCCUGUACAUGGGGGGUACGGUGGUACUCACGAGGUCUUGCUAACAUUCAUUUCCUUAUGUCUUAUCAAAUCAUAUUUUUUUUACAGGUUAUCAAUUCGGGACAUCAUUUGCUCUUCAGACCUCGCACCCAUUUGUCAGUUACGGUUCUUUCUGUAGGUCAUAGGCCUCUGCCUCCUUUAGGGGAUACUGCAGAUUUCAGUUACAGCUUACAACCAUACCUUACAGACCUACACGAACUCAAGCCAUUUGGCAACUAGCAGAGCCUCACCUGUCACCAACCUAGUGAAUUGCUUUGCCACUUGGCACUAGCUAGCCAGCCAGUAAAACGAUUCUGAUCCAAGCUAAUUAUUAAUAUAUUGCAGUAUGUUUCAGAUCCCUGUAAGAAGGUGAUGACAUGUUAAUCCCCAGUACUCCAAUCUGGUCCACUGCACCUACACGAAAAGGUGACCCCUAUCCGGAUCUAUCAGGUCAUGGAUGAUUCCUCGUAUUAUGGCUGAGCUACACAGACGCAAAGUUCCUUUGUGGAACUGUUCAGACUCAUGCGUACCAAACAGACAAUGCUGAUGCUGGAGUUGGCAUGAGUUGCUCGAGCAACACCAACCUCCACGCAAUGUUCUCAGCACUCGUGUCCUCUAAGGAGUAAAUAAAUGAAACUGGAAAGACUAGAAACACAUUGUCGAAUCAUGCCGUCAACAGGACAUUGACCUUCGCAGGGUCCUCCGCACGCAUAUGAUCAUAACACAAUUCAAUAUUGAGCACCUGCGUCUGUAUGUUCCGAUAUCCAACGGGAUAUUGACUUUCUGUCAUGCUAUCCGACUUUCUGUUUGAAAGUUUUUAAACUAAUAAGUGAAUUAGGAUAUAGAUAAGUUGUGGUGCCACACCUAUCAGACAUAUUGUGACAUCAUUAUUAUACUUAAACAUGUCAUCUUUAAGUUGAGCCGGCCCUACCUCGUAGUCAUAGAAGUCGCCAUGGCGGGCCUAACUGUAUGUUUGUUCUUUCAGGGCGAAUUGCACUACUGUCAUAUUCAGCAUUUCAUUAAUACAUAGCUUCACAGUGAUGCCUUCUUCAGCUUCCGGUAUUAGGUCCCUUACUGGAACAUAUCGACUUCUAUUAUAUGUCUUGGCCCCCUACAUGGCUAAGUGUCGCUAUUGACUAAAUCAAUCAUGUCAAGCCCAACUUGGGCCUACACAUAUGGUUCACAAAUCUAAACUAACUUGGUUUAGUUAUACUAAUUAGGGGUUGUUGGUUUCCUUCUCAUACACUUGUUAGCUUGAAUUAUCCACCAUUAUGGUCCUUGUAGAUACUUUUCAUUGUAUAAUCUUGUUGAUACUGAUACUAGUUACCUAUGCUAUUUUUUUGUUUUCUUCAGUAUUGAUACUUUUCUGGUUCUCAACCCUUUCAACUCUAUUAUUUCCCUUAUAUAAGUUGGUUUUAUCAACUUGUCCCUCGCUAUAUUAAUCACUUAUCUAUGUACAGCACUUAUCUGUCUCCGGGCUAUCCCAUUAUUUUCAGGCAACAUGGGCUUAUAUAUGUGACGAGUUCACGAUUCACUUACUUUCCAGAGUUUCUGCAUUAUUAUUAUUUUACUAUAUGCCUCAAUGCUAUUAGGUUAUGGUUGACGUCAUAUGCUGGUGUUUUCAUAUUUAUGCCACCUGGUUUAGCCUAAGUCGAUCGUGUUACCCCUCAAUUGUUUGCAAGGUAUAUAUUGUUUGUCACUUACAUGUUUACAACAAUUUCCUUAGCCCUCGUAGGGCUCACGUGUCUGGCAGAUAAUUUUUUUUUUUUUUGCCACCUUCAGUUUAGGCUAUCUCACUAUACCAUCAAGUUACGCCUGACUGGCAUCCAACAUCACAUGUUUAUCUACUUUCCAACAACGCCAUCCUAUCCAAUCAGACUAUACUUAAGGGUAUCAAAAAUAUGUCUGAUUUGCUAGAUUCAUCCCCUUUCAAGCCCCUCACUAACUCUGUCAUUAAAGCUGCUAUGUACCUGGCCUUUUACGGCUUCCUGAGGCCACGAGAAUUCACCAUCAGUGGCCAACACAAUGCACAAGGUUGCCUUCAAAGCUCCUACCUAAUUAAACAUCAAGAUCAUUACAUACUGACUCUAUAUGUGCCCAAAACGAGUCAACUGGGUCAACCCAUCCACAUUCCAUACUAACCUACAAAUAAUAUAUGGUGCCCGGUGAAGGUUUUAGAAUCCUACCUCCUCACCAUACCAAAUAUCGCAUCUGUUCCGCUACUGUCACUUCACAGGGCUAUCCUCACAAUCUCUAAGUUCAUGUUAUACGUGCGGUUAUUGUUAACAAGGCUCAGUAUGAACCCCAGCCAUUAUUCAGGACAAUCAUUCAGGAUAGGGGUUGCAUCUACGGCAUCGAGCCAGGACGUUCCAGUCCAUGUCAUUAAAUUUCUAGGUAGCUGGAAGUCAUCAGCAUAUGCAACAUACAUACCCCAACCAGUACAGGAAAUACGAAGGACAUUCGUUAAAAUGUCAUCUUAAUGUAUUUACGUUGUAUUUUGUUAUUUAUUCAAAGUAUUUUGAGCAUGAUAUGUAUUCCCUUUUUCCCACUUUAUUUACUAGCCUACAGCAUACGUCGGUUUCGGCACACCUCAACCGACUUUUUCCUAUCACAGGUUUGCGAACAACAAUCUUACUUCAUAUCAUAAUCAAUGUUGAACCGAACACAAAUUGGAAGGCUUGGCCUGAAGUUGUGGGAGGGUCUUAUGGACCUUUAAAAGGGACAUCCCCCUUCCCUACCCGACCAUGAUUGGAUUGACGAGCUGCUGCCCCACUCCCUUUAUUCACUAUACUCUUCUAGUGUAGGCCCACUUUAUUUACUGGCCUACAGCAUACGUCGGUUUCGGCACACAUCAACUGAUUUUUUUCCUAUCACAGGUUUGCUAACAACAAUCUUACUUCAUAUCAUAAUCAAUGUUACCCGGAACACAAAUAAAUAUAUAUAUGUAUAUAUGUAUGUUUUUGUGCCACUCUCUGCUGUGGCUAUUGUAACAAUGUGUAAGAUUACACAUUCACAGACUGAAGUAUCUCUCUUAACUGCUUGUAAUUGAAGCUCUGCAAAAUACAUUUGUUAUAUGGCAGAUUAAGUCAUUAGAGCAUUUACAUGUAUUUGAGGUACAGCACAAUUAUAUUUAGAAGGAUUAAACUGUUUUUGAGGCAAUUAUAACAUUUUCAACAUAUCUGCCUUAACAGAAUUAUGUUGAAAGUGGAAACUGGAAAGCAUAUAAAUAAAACCAUUGAAUGUUCCCUACUCCCACCCCUCAUGCAGUUUAGUAGGUUUAGGCAUUUGUAAAGGAUAAAUGUUAAACAGCCUAGAUAAAAAAGUUGCAAGUCACGUUGAAAUUAUAUUAUUUAUAGAACCUUUAAAAGCAUUUGAGCAAUUAUUAUGCUCUAUUGGUGCAUUUAAAGAUGACAGGAUUUCUUUAACACGAUCUCAAUUUAAAUGGGAUAGUGUUUUGUAUUCUAUUGAUGUGUUAAUAUGUUGAACAGGCUAGCAACUCUAAUUUUGACACAGCAGCAAUGUUGCCUUUGACACCUCACCUGAAUUAAUUGCCUGCAAUUUGUCAUUAAAUUGUGCACACUGUUGCUAUAUGAACUUCCACUUUAAAUUGUCCCAAACAAUCCUGGUUAUUUAAAGUAAUCGGCUUUUUUUCAUCCAUGUGGCAGCAAUAGUUGCCCACAAGCUUUACUCUUUCAUUUAUUUAUUCUCUGUAAUGAUUUUAUAUGAAGCGCUUGCCCAUCAUGGAGACUCAAAGUGUUAUCUGCUCAUAAUCAUAUACUCUUUUAGUUUUUUAUAAAGGUGAUUUAAUAUAAAAAUUCACAAACCAUUACAAAUACUGUUAGGAUGUAGAGAAGAAUCUAAACAAGAAAGGGGAGAGGAAAAAGGUGAAUUAGGAGGAUAAGAGAAAGACACAGGGAGAUGGAACAGAGACGUAGUGCGUAUAAUGUGAUUUAAGAGAAAUACUAAUUAUCAUUUAUAUAGCGCCAACAUAUUUCACAGUACUUUGCAAUUAAAAAAUGGGGAUAUUUGACAAGUUAUUUAGAUUUAGAAUACAUUAGACAAGAGACGCCUCCCCCCACCCUCCCUGCACUUACAGCGCCUCUACCCCACCUCUUCCCCCACCCCCCCCAUUCCCUGUACCACAUACCCGGAAGAAUCACAUUAAGGUAGGGCCCUAGGAGACCAGCACCCAUAGAGCCACUCACACCAGGUAAUACAUAACAACAUAACACGGUAGAGAAUAAAACUGGAAACCAAUGGGCAGACACAUCACACGGGCUCGACAAAGCUAAACACCUACCCAGGACAUGGGUGGAGGACCCGGACGGGACUAAUACCCACAACACAAAAUGGAAUCCCGAGGCAGCAAAUGCCAAAAAUCCCCAAGGGGUAGGAAACAGGCAGUAAGACCAAGCGCCACGCCAAAGCCAAAAGGUCAACCAACCUUGCUGGCCCAGUGGGCACUGACCUCAGAAAAUAUAAACUGUUAAAUAAGAACAGAAAACGUGGUACACCACUAAAUCCGGACAGAACUUCACUACUAGGCACUGGCCUCACCCUUCCGAAGGGGACCGGUGCUGAAGGUUACUGUUAUUGUUGUAAAUAAAACCUUGGCAACAGGCGAGCACCCUCAGGGUAUAACGCUUGCAUUCGUAAAAACACUGUAUCUAUGUACCUAGACUACCAAUGCAGAGCCACAUGUAUGUAACAAGAAAUUGAAGUAUAUGUGAAAUCUCGGCACCUGUGUAAGCCGACCAAUGUGGAUGUAACGCCUGAUAUGUCAAGACAAAAAUAAAGAAUAAAUAAAAAAAAAAAGGCCAAGUGUGGCACCAUGAAAAUCAGUUCCUCUUCACCCUCAACAUAGAGCCUCAUCUCGUGUGUGGAGGGGGCAGCUAUAUUCACUCUGGGGAUUGCUAUACUCAUUAUCCUCCCCUGGGUUCUAAUCACUAGCUCUUAUAAGAACUGUUCCUGCUACACUCUCUGGAGUAGGAGAGGUUCACCCACUGGAAGCUGGAUCCUGGUCUUAGGUCCAGGGUGGGUGGAGGACGGCGACUCCCACCAUGGACCUUGGACAGCUAAGGGGCUACAGUGCUGAUGGUGUCUGGUGGAGUGCUUGGAGUCCUCGGUGAGCACUAGGAGCAUCGAUUGAUGGAGGUACCCGGCCGGGGUGGCAGGCGGUCCUUCACAAUCACUAUAGAUCAGGAACACAAAUAUGUAUUCCUGACCCUAUAGUGUUAAAAAAACACCAUCUAGCCCCCCAUGGCUCUCCUUUGCCCCCUAAAUAUAGGACAAUGCUACUUGUAUUCAAGUCUGCAGCUGCGGCCUCUGCGUCUGAACUGCUUGCUGUCUGCUGACAUCAUCAUAAGUGAUUCUGUAAGCCAAUCACAAUUCUUUCCCAUAGGAUUGGCUGAGACUAUCAAGGAGGCAGAUCAGGAGCAGAGCCAGCAUAAAUCAAACACAGCCCUGGCCAAUCAGCACCUCAUAGAGAUGUAUUGAACCAGUGGAUCUCUUUGAGGAAGGUUCAGUGUCUGCAUGCUGAGGGUGGAGGCACUGAAUGGCAGCACUGCCCCAGGACGCACCUCUAUUAGCCAUCUGAUGAGUGGCCAGUGGAGUUAUUCAUAUGCUGUAAUGUAAACACUGCAUUUUCUUUGAAAAGCCUGAAGGGAAUGAUGCUACUCACCUGAAAAAAUACAAUAAGCUGUAGUUGUUCUGGUGACUGUAGUGUCCCUUUAAGUAGAGCAUACAAUACACAAAAAGAGAGAGAUGCGACGGUGGACAAACUGGAGCAGUUGAUCGAUCAAUCUGAGAUGCUAGAUUGAUCAAAUUGAUCAGAAUUUUGGUGUGGUUCCUUUGACUACGUAGUAUAUAAAGUUUAGUGACUCUACUCUGUGAAUUAUUUAAUAAAAAUAAACAAACAUAAUGCACAUGGAAUUAAUUAUAUAUGUGAAAAGUCAAGAUUCUUUUGAUGCCAGCUGUUUUACUGGAUGUUCCAUAAAGACCUGUUUAUGUUCUUUUGUUACUACUGUGUAAGGUGCAGCAUCACAUAUGUUGCCAUUUUUUCAUGAUGAAGCACUCCUUACAUAUACAUUUGGAGCAUUUCUCAACUGAGCUAUCACAGCAACAUCCUAUCUUAAAAGUAUUAGUGCUUACAAAAACAAUGUAAUGGUUAACACACACAUUUUACAGCUUCUAAGAUGUGCCAUGUUUUUUCUGGGCACAUUUUUUUUACAAAAUUAGUUCUGCAAUUCAGUUUUUUGUUCAGUUUAGGCAGUACAGCUAUUAGACAAGUCCUUUUUAAUCAAUACAUAGCUGAGAUUGAUUGGUGAAAGGAUACAGUGAACUGUCCAUGUUUUAUACCAUAAUUGCACAUAAAUCAUCCGCAUAGAGUGCCUUUAUUCCUCUUUUUACUGAUAUAUGUUCUUCUUUUUCAGGAGUUUGUCCAGUUGUCCAAAAGACUGAUGAACGAACCGGAUUUGAAAAGAAGAAUUAUUUCUAAUGCUAAAAUGUAUAUACAGACUCACCAUUCUUGGGAGCUAGAAAGGGAGAAAUAUCAAAGUCUUGUGCUAUGUCUGAAUAAGGCCUAUUGACCGAAGCUGCUUAGAGAACAUUUUGCAAGUGUCCACCAGAUUCGCCAACAGAUUUCUGUUAUGCUAAACUGCAUUCAUUAAAUGUUUUAUUAUAUUAGCAUUAUUAUGAUAUUUUUAAAAUUAUCUCUUUUCUGUCUUUGUUACAUUAUUUUUAAAGCAAAGGUGCUUAGAUGUUUAAGUCAUGUGAGAACCUCAAGAACGGUAUCGUUUUUUUGUUUUGUUUUUUAAGAUGCCUUGCUUAUAUACAUUUAUAUAAAUAUUAGUCAUUUUUUUCAAGAACCUGUUUGGUUGUCCCAGGUAGUUAUAGAAUUUACAGCUUGUAGUGUCUGUGUUUUAAAUAUGUUUUCUGCUGGUGUUUAAUUCUAAAUUAGCAUUUUUUGUUUGGUUUCUGCUGGUGUAAAAUUCUAAAAAAAAAUGUAUUUUAUUUUUUUUCCAGUAAGGGUAAUGAUUUUAAACAGUGUGAUAUUCAUUUCAAAUGUGUUUAUUUAAUUUAUUAAACAUCCUAUUUUUAAAUGCUACAAAUCUUUAUGCAACUGCAAUCUUUCCGGUAAUCAGACCCAUGAGAACAAAUGUUAAAUAAUUUUGUAUUUAAAAAAAACCCCCACAUCUUUUCACUCUUUCUUGACGUAUUAAAUACAUGUAUAGGUACACAGAGUGUAUAAACAUUUUGAACGUUUGUUAUCCACAUUGCACUAGUGCGGGUGAGAAGUACUUUUGCAUACAAUCACAGAGUCCGUAGACUAAAUUCUAUUGUUUUACCGCUGUUAAACAUAUUUUUUUUUGGUUAUUUAUUCUUUUGUAUCAAAUUAUAAUCAUGUUAUAAAAAAGUGCUUAUGAUCAGCUACCUCCUUUUUAAUUGCCAUGGAAUACAUAUGUACAAUGACUGUGCCACCUACCUGAUUGUCUGUUUGUCUAUUUAUGCCACAUCAUUUGAAUAUUACAUACUUAUCCAGCAUUGUUGAUUAUGUUAUACAUUGAUCUCUGUUUGGAUUUUUUUUUAUCUUUGGAAAAAUUAGUUAUUCGAAGCAUCAUAACUACAACAGCCUGUGCAGGUUAUGAUGUGAGGAGUACUCUGACCCUAUUUCCAAGUAAUGGGCAAAAAUGUUUAUCCAAAGGUUUGCGCUCUUUCCUGUGUCCACCUGGGCGCAUCCAUGGGUUAAACUCUGUAUGUGCAGUAUUUCAUAACAGAACACUACACAUACAGCAAAGGCGUGCGCAGCCUAUUGCAUUAGGGUGUGCACCCUAAAGCACAAGCACACGCCGCGUAUAUGUAUGUAUGUAUGUAUGUAUAUAUGUAUGUGUGUGUGUGUGUGUGUAUGUAUAUAUAUAUACACACACACAUACUGCUGUGUGUGUGCUGUUAGUGUGAGGAUACUGGUAGUGUGCUAUGUGGGUGAGGGUGUUUGUGUGUGCGCGCUUGUGAGGGUGCUGUUAAUGUACUGUGUGUGAGGGUGCUGUUUGUGUGUGUGUGUGUGCUGUUAAUGUACUGGUAGUGUGCUGUGUGUGUGUUAGGGUCCUGUUUGUGUUUGUGAGGGUACUGUUAGUGUGCUGUGUGUGUGUGAGGGUUCUGUUUGUGUGCUGUGUGUAAGGGUGCUGUGUGUGUUUGUGAGGGUGCUGUGUGUGUGUGUGUGGGUGCUGUGUAUGUCUGUGGGUGCUGUAUGUGUGCAGGUGCUGUGUAUGUGUGGGUACAUUACUUAAUAUCCCCCCUCCCGUCUUACUUUAUGUAGGGAGGGGGGAUCCUUUCUGCCAUCCCUGUUGGUCCAGUGGAGAGUGAACUCUAGCCUGCGGCAACGCUCAGAUCUCGCAAGAGGAGCCCGGCGGAGCUGCCGGCAACAGCUCCCCAGGUCCUCUCCUGUCUCCCUCCCUGCAUGUGGGUCGGUGGGGAGGGAUGCUGAGAGCAGAGCCGGCGCUCGGGGAGCGCCAGCUCUGCAUGAGCCAACAGGGAAGAUCCUGAGAUCUCCCCUGCCGGUCUCACUCCAUAGGCGUGCCGAGGGGAUUAGGGUGUGCCCAGGCACACCCGGCACACCCCGUGCGCACGCCUAUGACAUAUAGACUGCGGCACCAUAACUACUUCAACUUACUUAAGUGGCCAAGACAUAAUAAAAAAAUGUAAUUUAGCCCAUCCAAAGCAUUACACAUGAAUUUAUUAAAAAUUCUGGGAAUUCCAAAUUGACAUAUAACAAUUUGACUCGAGACAUGAUUUUAUGUAUCACAUUUCUAGUUUUUUAAGUUUUUUCAUAAAUUCUUAUUAAACUUUUUAGACAAAUAUUGUUCUCACAACUAUAUUUUGUUUUCCAUUAUGGUAUAUCAGUUCAUUUAUGGCAUCUAGGCUUCGAGAGGCAAUUUUGUCCUUUUGCAGUUCGUCUGACAUCAAUUCUGUUAGACAUCUUGUACUUUCUAUUCUUUGUCCUCAAACCUUUUAUCCUCAUAAUUAAAUAUUCGUUUCUAUAUGGCAUAUAAAAGCUGUAGUGAUAAGAGACUGUGCGUUAUUUAUUUAUUUGUUUUUUCCCCCCAGUAAAUUCUCCUUUCACUUUACAUUUCUAUAUCUAGUUUAAACUAAAAAAAGGGAAAUUCAUACAAGUUUUAAAUAUAAUGUAAAUAGUUACAAUUGUGCUUUUCAUAACGUCAUGCUAGAGACUUCAUUAUUUAGAUUACUUUAAGUGUAUUCACAAUGAUACCAUGCAUGCAUAUUUCUCUAUGGGGUAUAAAAGGAACUUUCUAUUUCAAAUAUGUAACAAAAUUAGAUGUUUAAAAAAAAAAAAAAGUUUUGAUGGAUUGUAUUUGUUUCUGAAGGGAGUUUUAUCAAUCUUUGCUCUCACCUCAGUAGCAAAAUAUAUUUGUUGUUGUUGCAAGUAAUCCAAAAUGCCUGCCUUCUUUUCUACUAAUCACAAAAAAA